AUGGCGUUGCCCAGCACCGCAGAGCCUUCCCCCCUUAUGGCACAACCUCCAGCUGCCUCCGAGGCGACUUCUGCCCCUGUCUCUGGACCCCGCCCUCCAUUCUCCAUCCACGCGGAGCUACGUUCACUGCGCCACGAGAAGAAGAAUCAAGACCUGCACCGCCUACCUCCUGGGACGACGGUACGGCGACGUCCGAUCAACCACGCACCGGUGGCGGACAUCCACGCGGGGGCGCAGGUGCCGAAGUGUGUGUACGUGUCGCGGCAGACGCCGGUGAUCGCGGCGGUGAAGCGCGUGAAGAAGAUUCUCAGGGAGAUUGAGCGGAGGGCGGUCAGGGAGGCUCUUGAAGGAGGUGGUGGACGUGGCGAAAAGGGGCGAGCGCGGAGGACGAUUGGCGGCGGCGGCGGAGGAGGAGUAGUGGCGCAGGGUGUUUCCAAGGUCAAUGAGGUGCUACGCCGCGACAGAGAGGAGGUGCUGGUCAAGGCGAGCGGAAGGGCGAUGGAGCAGGCGCUACAGGUCGCUGAAUGGUUCCGGAGUAAAGAAAAGGAGGUCCUGUGUGAUGUCGUGGUUAGGACCGGGAAUAUCAGUGUGGUAGACGAUAUUAUUGAGGUGGAAGGGGAUGAAGAAGUGGGACAAAAUACUAGUGAGCUGGAGGUGGAACGCAAGGAGGACAAUGAUUCUUCGAAGAUCGAGUGUGGAGAGAGUACGUUGGAACUCAUUGGGGAUACGACAACAACAACGGUCCUGCGAAGCUCGGAGCGAUUGACGGAGAGUCAGAAGGAUAACGAGGAUGUGUCGAUGAUAACGAUCGGCGAUCAGUCCCAGCCUACGUCAAAGAGCAGGAAGCGGAAGAGGAAGAAGAAACCAAUGUAUGCCGCCGAUGAUGUGCCUGAAGCACGGUUACGUUGGGUCAAGACUAUUGAGAUUGCAAUUUCGUUGAAGGGAUAG